GCUGUUGAUGCUGAGGUUGAUGCCGGUGCUGCUGCUGCUGCUGCCACAACCACUAGUGGUGCAAGUCGUGCCGCUAGAAGCCCGGUGCCCGCAGCUCUCACCUCUUCCUGAGCCUGCGCUGCUGCUGCUGCAGGAUGCAGACACAGGGGCAGCAGGGAGAGCAGAUGACAUGCAUUCACCGGAGGCGGGGGCAGGGGAGGAAGCAGAGGAGGAGGAGGAGGAGGAGGAGGAGGAAGAGGAGGAGGAGGAGGAGGAGGAGGAGGAGGAGGAGGAGGAGGAGGAGGAGGAGGAGGAGGAGGAGGAGGAGGAGGAGGAGGAGGAGGAGGAGGAGGAGGAGGAGGAGGAGGAGGAGGAGGAGGAGGAGGAGGAGGAGGAGGAGGAGGAGGAGGAGGAGGAGGAGGAGAUGGGAAGUGCAGGGAUUGGAGGUGAUUGCAUGGUAGGGGGGAAGGGGGUCUGUGAGCCAGGGAUUGGGGAGCAUUAAAGAAGCUCGCAUCCGCAGAGCC